GCGUUGGCGCUGCCGGCCCGGCGCAGAGUCCCGCUGGGAUGGAGCGGGCGGGCGAGGUCCGGCCCCUGCUGCCGCAGCCGGGUCCCGCCGGGCUCUCCUCUGCCGGCGCCGUCUGCAUCCUGCUCAAGUCAGCGCUGGGCGCGGGGCUGCUGAGCUUCCCCUGGGCCUUCGGCAGGGCUGGCGGAGCUGUCCCGGCCCUCCUGGUGGAGCUGGGCUCGCUGGUUUUCCUGGUGAGUGGGCUGGCGGUGCUGGGCUACGCAGCAGCCCUCAGCGCCCAGCCCACCUACCAGGGAGUGGUCCGGGCUGUGUGCGGGGCAGCAGUGGGGAAGCUCUGCGAGGUCUGCUUCCUCCUCAACCUCUUCAUGAUUUCUGUGGCCCUCCUCAGGGUGGUGGGUGACCAGCUGGAGAAAUUGUGUGACUCCCUGUACCCCAAUGGGACGCUAAGUGGGGCCCCCCUGUCACCCCCCUGGUAUGCAGACCAGCGCUUCACCCUCUCAGCUCUCUGUGUCUUUGUCAUCUUCCCGCUCUCUGUCCCCAAGGAGAUCGGCUUCCAGAAGUACUCCAGGUACCACCUGGGAUACCCCCAUGAUGUAGCCACCCCAUGGCAUCCUGUGCCCCAGGCCACCUCCUCCCAGGUCCCUGCAUGGCCAUGGGACCCUCCCCCCCCCCCGGCUGCCAGGGGUCUCUGUGCUGAUGCCCUCCCAUGCCCCAGCAGCAUCCUGGGCACGCUGGCUGCCUGUUACCUCACCCUGGUCAUCAUCCUGAAAUACCACCUGCAGGCAGAGAGCCUGGGCUGGCCGGAGCCCUCCCAGCCCUCCAGGGCAUCCUCCUGGGCCUCCAUUUUUAGCGUCAUCCCCACGAUCUGCUUUGGCUUCCAGGUAGGUCACCCUGGCACCACUGUCCCUUGCUGCUGGGGCAGUGCUGGCAGCAUCCUGGACCAUAGGGACACUAUUCCUUGCAGGGGGGUUGCAGGGAAGGGGACCCAUUCUAUGUCCAGUGGUGGCUGCAGGGCAGGACAGAAGCCCCUGGGGAUGGGUGAGAGUGGAACAGGGCACCCCUGGGUGUGGGAGGGAAGAAACUGGGUAUGGGGGUUGUCCCUGCAUGGGGCCCCAGCAGCACCCCUCCUUGUUUUGCAGUGCCACGAGGCCUGUGUGGCCAUCUACAGCAGCAUGCGCAACCAGAGUUUCUUACACUGGAUCGCUGUCUCUGUGGUCUCCAUGCUCAUCUGUCUGCUCAUUUACUCCCUCACGGGGCUCUAUGGCUACCUGACCUUUGGCGAGGCUGUGGCACCUGACGUCCUAAUGUCCUACCCAGGGAACGACCCAGUUGUCAUUGUUGCCCGCCUGCUCUUUGGUGUCUCCAUCAUUACCAUCUACCCCAUCGUGGUGCUGCUGGGCAGGUCAGUGGUGAGGGAUGUGUGGGUGACCCCCAAGCACAGAGCCAUGGUAGUGCCCGAGGCGCAGGAGCAGCGGAACCGGGUGGCACUGACAGUCACCUGGAUGGCCACCACGCUCACCAUUGCCCUCUUUGUCCCAGACAUCGGCAAGGUCAUUGAGCUCAUUGGGGGCAUCAGCGCCUUCUUCAUCUUCAUCUUCCCAGGGCUGUGCCUGGUGUGCAUGACUGGGACCCGCACCCUCGGGCCACGCAAAAAGGCAGCUCUCAUCACCUGGGGGGUCCUCUCCGUGCUCGGUGGUGCCUUCGUCUGCGGGCAGAGCGCUGCCCUGGCAGUGCUGGGGCUGCUGCGCUGAGGGGCCAUGGACCCGCUUCAUCGUGCACCCCCACAUGACGCCCCCACCAUACCCUCGGCACAGCUACACCUCUGGAUCUCAUCACGAUUUUAUUUGGCAUGACCAUCCCCAUUAUAUAGAGGCUAAUAAAGACAGGAGAGGGAA